GUGAGGCGUGAGGGGCGGCCGUCCAGGGCCGGGCGGAGGGCACCGAGGAGCCGGCGAGAGACGCCCAGUACAGUGCUGUGCACGUACUGCGGGAAGCAGGGUUCCGGCCCUCGCUUCCUCCCUCCAUCGCUGUUUUCCCUGGAGUUUGUCCCCCCCCGCCCCGCGGAGGGCGGGCAGUCGGGCAGCUGGCUUUCCAAACUUUCAGGAAGUAGGAGGAUGGCGGCGGUGAAGGUGGGCUAGACUCCCCCCGCCGCCACCAUGUUCAGCAAGAAGAAGAAGCGCCUGGAGAUCUCGGCCCCGUCCAACUUCGAGCACCGGGUCCACACGGGCUACGACCAGCGGGAGCAGAAGUUCACCGGGCUGCCGCGCCAAUGGCAGGGCAUCAUCGAGGAGUCGGCCAAGCGGCCCAAACCUCUCGUCGACCCCGUCUGCAUCACCGCUAUCCAGCGUGGCAACCAAAAGACCAUCGUGCGAGGGAACAAGGCGCCGAAGGACGGGGCCCUGACGCUGCUGCUGGAGGACUUUGAGAAUAUGUCGGUGACGCGGUCCAACUCCCUGCGUCGGGACAGCCCCCCCUGCCCGCCUCGCCGGGACCCCCCGGCCCAGGAGAACGGGCUGGCCGGGGUCCGGCCCCCGGCGCCCCGGGCCUCCUCCCAGCAGCCCCGGGGCCAGGAGCCCGCGCCCCCCGAGUACCCCAAGCCCCCGCCCGAGGGCAGGACCGGAGCCCCCGAGCGGGGCGGGCGGAGGGACCCCCCGGGCGAGGGGGCCGGGCGGCCGGCCCGGCGGGAGGGGCCCGAGAAGAGGCCCAAGUCGUCGUACGCCGGCGGGGCCGGCAGCCCCCAGCCCCCCCGGGACAAGCGGCCCCUGUCGGGCCCCAGUCUGGGCACCCCCCACCUCCCGGCCCCCGGCGGCGCGGCUCAGACGGCCCGGCAGGGCGGACGGCCCUUUAACACGUACCCGCGUGCCGACACGGACCCCGGCCGGGGCUCGGCCCCCCAGGGGGAAUCCGGGCCGGGCCGGGCCCACGAAACGGCCUCCAACGGCCCCGCCGGCGGCCCGCCCUCCUCCCGGGGGCCGCCCCGCGCCCGGCAGGCCGCCGAGCCGUCCGUCCGGGGCCCGGCCCCGCCCGCCUCGGACCCCACCCGGCCCGCGGGGUCCCGCCGGGGCCCCAGCCCCCCCCCGGCCGCCGGGCCGCCGCAGCCGCGCUCGCCGCAGCGCGUGUCGCACGAGCAGUUCCGCGCGGCGCUGCAGAUGGUGGUGGACCCCGGCGACCCCCGCUCCGACCUGGACAACUUCAUCAAGAUCGGCGAGGGCUCCACCGGCGUCGUCUGCAUCGCCACCGUCCGGAGCAGCGGCGAGCUCGUGGCCGUCAAAAAGAUGGACCUGAGGAAGCAGCAGCGCCGGGAGCUGCUCUUCAAUGAGGUGGUGAUCAUGCGGGACUAUCAGCACGAGAAUGUGGUGGAGCUCUACAACAGCUACUUGGUGGGCGACGAGCUGUGGGUGGUCAUGGAGUUCCUGGAGGGAGGGGCCCUCACCGACAUCGUCACUCACACCAGGAUGAACGAGGAGCAGAUCGCGGCCGUGUGCCUGGCGGUCCUGAAGGCGCUGUCUGUCCUCCACGCCCAGGGAGUCAUCCACCGCGACAUCAAGAGCGACUCCAUCCUGCUGACCCACGACGGCAGGGUGAAGCUGUCGGACUUCGGCUUCUGUGCGCAGGUGAACAAGGAGGUGCCACGCAGGAAGUCGCUGGUGGGGACCCCGUAUUGGAUGGCCCCCGAACUCAUCUCCCGCUUACCCUACGGGCCCGAGGUGGACAUCUGGUCGCUGGGAGUGAUGGUGAUCGAGAUGGUGGACGGGGAGCCCCCCUACUUCAAUGAGCCGCCCCUGAAGGCAAUGAAGAUGAUUCGCGACAACCUUCCCCCCAAGCUGAAAAACAUCCACAAGGUGUCUCCAUCCAUGAAGGGCUUCCUGGACCGGCUGUUGGUGCGGGACCCAGCCCAGAGGGCCACGGCCAACGAACUGCUGAAGCACCCGUUCCUGGGCAAGGCCGGGCCCCCGGCCAGCAUCGUCCCGCUCAUGCGGCAGAACCGGAUGAGAUGAGGGCGGCCGCCCCCCGGCCCCCCUCCCCGCACCAAAGACAACGGAGACGAGGCGGCGGGCGGGGGCGGGGACGGAGGGGAGGGAGCUCGGAUCCUCCGGCCCAUUCCCACUCCCCCUUCCCCCUUCUCCAGGACCGAUGUUCCCGGCUUCCAGCCCUCCCCCGAUUCCCAGCCCCAAAUCUCAGCGAGGCGGGGACGCGAGGCCUUCUCUUCUCCCCGACAUCUGGUCCUGUUGGCCAAAAUCUCCGGGUACGGGGCUGGGUGGGGGCACCCUGGCCUGCUCGGCUGGGGUCUUUACUACUGAGAAGGGGCCGGACUGUGUUUUUAGCGAGGGCUCUGCCAGCCCCAACCCCCCGGGCCUAUUCCACGCUGACCCCCUCCAAGCCGGUGGCGGCCCGGCCCGGCUCACUCGACACUGGAAACCCGAGGGUCCCGGCCCCAGUUCACCCCCUGGGCCCUGGCGGGGGUCCCGGACACAAAGCCGGGACGUUAACGGAGGCGGGCAGCGGGUGGGUACGUCUGGGUCAAAAAAGCAGCAGGAGGAGCAUCCCCGGGGUACGGAGCACCGAGUGGGCAGCGCGUGUGUGUGGGUGUGCACCUGUUUAACUCCACGGCCCCCAGCCGGCCCCUGCUCUGGGGUCUGGAUUUAACUCGAAGGCCCCGGCUCAGGUGGGGUGGGGACCCCCGGAUCCCCCCAUCCCGCGCCCCUCGCCGGCGUUCUAGGAUUGGAGGGCGGGGGGCUGGCAGGCCGGGCGUCUACUGAAAAUGACUACUGAUCUCUGCAGGUUUCCUCGUUUUUACAAAGAUAUUUAUAUUGUCAUUUUGUAACCCCUGCAGUCCUCUUCCCCCUGCCCCCCCCCCCCACCCCCCCCACCCCGUAAUGUCCCUGAGGAACUUUUGCCACUCUGGAUUUUAUUUGAUUUUGUGACCAGGCAGGGAAGCCCGGUUAAUUUUCCAAUUAAAGCGGUUUUUUUUGUUGGUUUUGUUUUUGA